GCAAUAACUUGUGUUCGUAGUUUAGUUUUGGGGUCUGUUUCCGAGUUGACUUCCACAUAAUACUUAUAUUAAUUUGUCAAAAAGUUAGUAUUCUCAAACUUUUAAUUAUGUAUCGCGCUGUUAGUAAGGAUUUGCCAAUACUUUUGAGAAAUCUAAACCAAUCUUGGACUGCUACCGCCGCCACAAAACAAGCAAAAAAUAAUUAUGCAACCGAGGCUACUGUGGAAGUCAAACCUUAUAAACUACAUCGACUAGACCAUGGACCAAGCACUACCGUUUCAGUUACAAAGGAAGAAGCCCAUAAGUACUACACUCAACUUCAAACCAUUCGCCGUAUUGAAACGUCUGCUGGAAACUUGUACAAAGACAAAAUCAUUCGUGGCUUCUGUCACUUGUACUCCGGCCAAGAGGCAUGUGCUGUUGGUAUGCGUGCAGCCAUGCGUGAUGUUGACAACAUUAUAUCGGCCUACCGUGUCCAUGGGUGGACAUACUUAAUGGGUGUUUCACCACUUGGUGUCUUAGCGGAAUUAACAGGAAACCAAAGUGGGUGUGCUCGUGGAAAAGGAGGUUCAAUGCACAUGUAUGCUCCAAAUUUCUAUGGUGGUAAUGGUAUUGUGGGAGCACAAGUCCCCCUUGGUGCUGGUGUAGCCCUUGCUUGUAAAUAUAAGGGAAACGGCGGUAUGUGCCUAGCGUUAUAUGGCGAUGGAGCUGCCAAUCAGGGCCAGGUGUUCGAAGCAUACAAUAUGGCUUACCUUUUGAAAUUGCCUUGCAUUUUUGUUUGUGAAAAUAAUGGAUAUGGUAUGGGUACCAGUGCAGAGCGCGCUUCCUGUAACACAGAUUACUAUACUCGUGGUGAUGCGUUGCCUGGCAUUUGGGUAGAUGGCAUGGACGUGCUUGCGGUUAGGAAUGCAACUGAAUUUGCAAUUGAAUAUGUAAAUAAAGAGGGUCCAUUGGUAAUGGAAGUUUGCACUUACCGUUAUUCCGGACAUUCGAUGUCUGAUCCUGGUACAAGUUACCGUACCCGAGAAGAAAUUCAAGAAGUUCGUCAAAAGCGGGAUCCCAUAACUUCAUUCAAAGACCGUUGCAUUGAAUUAGGAUUGAUGACUGCCGAAGAAAUCAAGGAAAUCGAUAGUAAGGUCCGCAAAGAAGUUGAUGCAGCCACUGCUGCUGCAAAGGCAGACAAAGAAAUUCCACUCGAAGAACUAUGGACCGAUGUCUAUUCCAAAAAUCUUGAACCAAAGAUUCGGGAUAUUACUGGCUUUACUUUGCAGCACAAAGUAUUGGGAAAAGGAGGGGUCAACAAAUAGAUAAAUUAAUAAAUUAACACUUAUAUACAUUUAAUAGUUCGCUAAGUACAUAUUAUGUAAAUAAGUUAAAAUCUUUAUAAAUAACAAUUUGUUAACUAAUGUUUUAAAGUGUAAUAAAAGAGCAAAAUAAAUUUGAAAACAUAA